AUGAUGGAGAAGGUGAAGGUGCUCCGGCAACUCCUCCAAACCCCCGGCGUUCACCAGGGCCCCGCUUGCUUCGACGCUCUCGGCGCCAAGCUCAUUGAAGCUGCUGGUUUCCCCUACUGCAUCACCAGCGGCUUCUCCAUCGCCGCUUCCAGGUUGGCUUUACCUGAUACCGGCUUCAUCUCUUACGGCGAAAUGCUCGAUCAGGGCCAAAUCAUCGCCCAAUCCGUCUCCAUUCCCAUCAUCGUCGACGCUGACAAUGGUUACGGCAACGCCAUGAACGUCAAGAGAACCGUCAAGGGUUUCAUUGCCGCCGGCUUCGCAGGGAUUCUUCUCGAAGAUCAGGUUGCGCCGAAAGCGUGUGGGCACACGCGCGGCAGGAAGGUGUUACCCAGGGAAGAGGCCGUGAUGAAGAUUAGAGCCGCCGUGGAUGCUCGUACAGAGAGCGGCUCUGAUAUCGUGAUUGUGGCGCGCACCGAUGCUCGGCAAGCUGUGUCGUUGGAGGAAGCACUCAGCAGGUGCAAGGCAUUUGCGGACGCUGGGGCCGAUGUUCUUUUCAUAGAUGCACUCGCUUCCGUUGAAGAAAUGAGAGCUCUUUGUCAAGUUUCACCCCAUGUUCCUAAACUGGCCAAUAUGCUUGAAGGAGGAGGCAAAACGCCUAUACUUAGUCCUCAGGAACUUGAAGACGUUGGUUAUAAACUUGCUGUUUAUCCACUUUCCUUGAUUGGGGUUUGCAUACGGGCAAUGCAGGAUGCACUUACUGCAAUUAAAGGAGGCGGUAUUCCUCCUCCAGAAAGCAUGCCAUCGUUUGAAGAAAUUAAGGACAUUGUAGGUUUCAACACUUAUUAUAAAGAAGAGGAGCGCUAUGCUACAAGCACCAAUCAGCAGGCUGAAAAGGGAGGAGGUUGA